AUGAUCCCCCCAUGCUUUACUAUAAUGGGGAGCACCGACGAGACUGGAACUCCCUAUGGCGAGUACACCUAUGCUGAGCUGGAGAGGGAGCUGUACUGGCCAUCUGAGAAGCUGAGAAUCUCGGUCACUGGAGCUGGUGGUUUCAUUGGAUCCCAUAUUGCUCGCCGUCUGAAGAGUGAGGGGCACUACAUCAUUGCCUCAGACUGGAAGAAGAACGAGCAUAUGACCGAGGACAUGUUCUGCCAUGAGUUCCACCUUGCUGACCUCAGGGUCAUGGACAACUGCCUUAAGGUCACCACCAAUGUCGACCAUGUCUUCAAUCUCGCUGCUGAUAUGGGAGGCAUGGGGUUCAUUCAGUCUAACCACUCUGUUAUCAUGUACAACAACACCAUGAUCAGUUUCAACAUGCUUGAGGCCGGGCGUAUCAACGGCGUGAAGAGGUUCUUCUAUGCCUCGAGCGCAUGCAUCUAUCCUGAAUUCAAACAACUUGAGACAAAUGUGAGCUUGAAGGAAGCUGAUGCCUGGCCUGCUGAGCCGCAAGAUGCCUAUGGCUUGGAGAAGCUCGCGACCGAGGAGCUGUGCAAGCACUACACCAAGGACUUUGACAUUGAGUGCCGUAUUGGCCGUUUUCACAACAUUUACGGUCCCUUUGGAACAUGGAAAGGCGGUCGUGAGAAGGCACCAGCUGCCUUCUGUAGAAAGGCUCAGACCUCCACCGAACAGUUCGAGAUGUGGGGUGAUGGUCUCCAGACUCGAUCGUUCACUUUUAUCGACGAGUGCGUCGAGGGUGUUCUGAGAUUGACAAAGUCAGACUUCUGCGAGCCCGUGAACAUCGGAAGCGAUGAAAUGGUGAGCAUGAACGAGAUGGCUGAGAUUGUUCUCGGCUUCGAGGACAAGAAGCUGCCCAUCCACCACAUCCCUGGUCCAGAGGGUGUCCGUGGCCGCAACUCUGACAACACACUCAUCAAGGAGAAGCUUGGCUGGGCCCCCACAAUGAGGCUCAAGGAUGGCCUAAGGUUCACCUACUUCUGGAUCAAGGAGCAGAUCGAGAAGGAGAGGACCGAGGGGAAGGACGUCGCCCUGUAUGGAUCGUCCAAGGUGGUGUCCACACAGGCGCCGGUGCAGCUCGGCUCCCUCCGCGCGGCUGACGGGAAGGAGUAA